AUGAUGUGCGAGGUGAUGCCGACCAUCAGUGAGGCAGAAGGCCCGCCCGGAGGAAGUGGGACCCACGGGUCGGGCUCCCCUUCGCAGCCGGAUGCAGAUUCCCACUUUGAGCAGUUGAUGGUGUCCAUGCUGGAGGAGAGGGACCGUCUCCUGGACACGCUGCGCGAGACUCAGGAAACGCUGGCGUUGACCCAGGGGAAGUUGCAUGAGGUCGGUCAUGAAAGAGAUUCCUUGCAGAGACAGCUCAACACUGCCCUUCCACAGGAGUUUGCGGCGCUUACUAAGGAGCUCAACGUCUGCAGGGAGCAGCUCCUGGAGAGAGAGGAGGAGAUCGCGGAACUGAAGGCAGAGAGGAACAACACCAGGCUGCUGCUGGAGCACUUGGAGUGCCUCGUGUCCAGGCACGAGAGGUCUCUCCGGAUGACGGUGGUGAAGCGGCAGGCGCAGUCCCCGGCCGGCGUGUCCAGCGAGGUGGAGGUGCUGAAGGCCCUGAAGUCCUUGUUCGAGCACCACAAAGCUCUGGAUGAAAAGGUGAGAGAGCGGUUACGAGUAGCACUUGAAAGGUGUAGUUUGUUAGAAGAAGAAUUAGGGGCCACACACAAAGAGCUAAUGAUUCUUAAAGAACAGAAUAAUCAGAAAAAAACCCUAACAGAUGGAGUGCAUGACAUAAACCACGAACAAGAAAAUAUGCCGAGCACGAAUGGAAAGAGAGCUUCUGAUGGUUCUUUAAGCCACGAGGAAGACCUCGCCAAGGUAAUCGAGCUCCAGGAAAUCAUAGAUAAGCAGUCAAAGGAACAGAGCCAGAUGAAGGAGCGCCUGGCCGCCCUCUCCGCUCACGUGGCCGAGCUGGAGGAGGACCUGGACACGGCACGCAAGGACCUCAUCAAGUCCGAAGAAGUGAACACAAAGCUGCAGCGAGAUGUCCGUGAAGCCGUGGCCCAGAAGGAGGACAUGGAGGAGAGGAUCACCACCCUUGAGAAGCGCUACCUCGCGGCACAGCGUGAAGCCACCUCUGUGCACGACCUCAACGAUAAACUUGAAAAUGAGAUUGCCAAUAAAGACUCUAUGCAUCGACAGACGGAGGAUAAAAACCGCCAGUUGCAGGAGCGCCUGGAGCUGGCGGAGCAGAAGCUGCAGCAGACCCUGAGGAAGGCCGAGACGCUGCCCGAGGUGGAAGCCGAGCUGGCCCAGAGGGUGGCCGCCCUCUCCAAGGCCGAGGAGAGGCAUGGCAACAUCGAGGAAAGGCUGCGGCAGAUGGAGGCCCAGCUGGAGGAGAAGAACCAAGAACUGCAGCGGGCACGGCAGAGGGAGAAGAUGAACGAGGAGCAUAACAAACGUCUGUCGGACACUGUCGACAAGCUCCUCUCCGAGUCUAACGAGCGGCUGCAGCUUCAUCUGAAGGAGAGGAUGGCCGCUCUGGAAGACAAGAACUCUCUAUUACGAGAAGUUGAAAAUGUGAAAAAGCGGUUGGAGGAAACGCAACGUGAGAAGGAUCGGCUCCUACUGAACGUGGAAGCACUGAGGGCUGAAUUAGAGCAGGCGAGACUGAGAGGCUCUUCCCUUCACCACGGGCGACCGCACUUGGGCAGCGUCCCAGAUUUCAGGUUCCCUCUGGCGGACGGCCCCACGGAUGCCUACAGCAGCGCGGUGUUGCGCCCCCGGAAAGGCCGUGUGGCCGCUCUGCGAGAUGAGCCUUCCAAGGUACAGACUCUUAACGAACAGGAUUGGGAACGUGCCCAACAAGCUAGCGUCCUAGCAAAUGUGGCACAGGCGUUCGAGAGCGACGUCGACGUGUCUGAUGGCGAAGACGACGGGGACACGCUCUUCAGUUCGGCCGCUCUGCUCUCGCCCAGUGGGCAGGCCGAUGCCCAGACGCUGGCCAUGAUGCUGCAGGAACAGCUGGACGCCAUCAACAAAGAGAUCAGGCUCAUUCAAGAAGAGAAGGAGAGCGCGGAACAGCGGGCGGAGGAGAUUGAGAGCCGAGUGGGCAGCGGCAGCUUAGACAGCCCCGGCCGUUUUAGACCCGCGGGCUCCGGCGCCCCGCACCCCGCGUCCCCGCUCGCGGGCCCCUCCCCUCCACACAGCGGGCGCUCCACCCCACGGAGGGGCCCGCACAGCCCCGCCAGGGAGGUGGACAGACUGGGGGUCAUGACUCUAUUGCCGGCUUCGCGCGAAGAGGUACGAGACGACAAGGCAACGAUAAAAUGUGAAACGUCCCCUCCUUCCUCCCCGAGGUCCCUGCGCUUGGACAGACUGCACCAGGGGGUGCUCCACGCGGCCAGCCACGAGGACAUCAGGGACGCCAGAAACUCGACAGGCUCGCAGGACGGCCCCGUGAGCAACCCCAGCAGCAGCAACAGUAGCCAGGACUCGCUGCACAAAGCGCCCAAGAAGAAGGGCAUCAAGUCUUCCAUCGGCCGCCUGUUUGGCAAGAAAGAAAAGGGCCGUCCGGGCCACGCUGGCAAGGAUCCCGCGGGACCAGCUGCUGUUUUGGAGGUGGAAAACUCCUCUCAGGACGCCCUGGGACUCAGCAAAUUGGGCGGACAGGCUGAGAAAAACCGUAAACUUCAAAAAAAGCACGAAUUGCUCGAGGAAGCCCGGAGACAAGGUUUACCUUUCGCACAGUGGGACGGGCCCACCGUUGUCGUUUGGCUGGAGCUCUGGGUCGGGAUGCCUGCCUGGUACGUAGCCGCUUGCCGAGCCAACGUGAAAAGCGGGGCCAUCAUGUCUGCGCUGUCCGACACGGAGAUCCAGCGUGAGAUCGGCAUCAGCAACCCUCUGCACCGGCUGAAGCUGCGGCUGGCCAUUCAGGAGAUCAUGUCCCUGACUAGUCCGUCAGCCCCUCCUACUUCGAGAACGACGCUGGCAUACGGGGACAUGAACCACGAGUGGAUCGGCAACGAGUGGCUGCCCAGCCUGGGCCUCGCGCAGUACCGCAGCUACUUCAUGGAGUGCCUGGUGGACGCGCGCAUGCUGGACCACCUGACCAAGAAGGACCUCCGAGGGCAGCUGAAGAUGGUUGACAGCUUCCACAGAAACAGUUUCCAGUGCGGAAUUAUGUGCCUGCGAAGGUUGAAUUACGACCGUAAAGAGCUAGAGAGAAAAAGAGAAGAAAGCCAGAGUGAAGUAAAAGAUGUGCUGGUUUGGAGCAAUGACCGAGUGAUUCGCUGGGUCCUGUCGAUUGGCCUUAAAGAGUUUGCCAACAAUCUCAUAGAGAGUGGCGUUCACGGUGCGCUGAUGGCCUUAGAUGAGACCUUCGACUUCAACGCCCUGGCGCUUCUGCUUCAGAUCCCGACCCAGAACACACAGGCUCGUGCCGUCUUGGAAAGGGAGUUUAACAACCUUUUGGUCAUGGGGACGGACAGAAGAUUCGAUGAAGACGAUGAUAAAAGCUUUAGGAGGGCACCUUCUUGGAGAAAAAAAUUCAGACCAAAGGACGUUCGUGGCUUGGCUGCUGGGUCUGCAGAGACUCUCCCCGCAAAUUUCCGGGUCACUUCCUCUCUGUCCUCACCCUCUAUGCAGCCAAAGAAGAUACAGCUGGACGGCAGCGUUUCGGGACCGCAGAGGCUGGAUUCCGCCACAGUCAGGACUUACUCCUGCUGA